AUGGAUUCAUCUGAGAGCCCCUUCAACAAUCUCGACGUCUGGUGUGACUGGUCUGGCGACCUAACCGAUACCAUUCAAGUCUGGGUGAGGGUCGAUGUCUGGUGUUCGCCAAAUUCUCAAAUUACCCUGCUAGACGCUUCUCAUCCAUGCGUCGCCGAGAUCGUCGAUUACAGGCUUAAAUCGAUGGUCCAAUUCAAUAGCACCGAGGAUGUCAGGCUAUUUCCCCAGAAUUCGGAAUUUGAUUCAGAAACAAGCACAAGCACAAGCACCAGUCCACAACCUUCUCCGAUAUUGGGUCAACACGUUAAUGUACCCAUCACGCCCCGGAAGCAGACAGACCCUAUGACGCCUGAGAACAAUACGCCUCGUGCAAUCCUGCAUCCUGGAUACCCAAAUUUACGUUGCAAUACUCACAAACCCUCGGGCUCGGACAGUGUACAUCGAGCUGGACAUACCCCAGACGGAUCCCCCGGGGAGAGUCUCGACGCUUUUUAUGCCAAGUUCUACCAGGAUGGGUCUUCCUCCGAGUUCCUCAGCGAGGUUGGACAAUCACCCAGCAAUCCGCGCAAGAGAAACGCAAAGGCUGCUUCCCUGCCGGACUCGGUGACUGACUCGGAGAGAUCGUAUGGAGGUGAAAAGCUCAAGAAUAAAAGUCGGGUGCUUGCUAUGCCCAGACAGUUGCCGAUGUCUUCCAGUUCUUCUAGCUCGAUGCAUUCGCGUACACGAAGUCUAAUCCCUAGACCCGUGAGUGUUACCAACCAAGUUUGUCCCGAUUCUGCGAGUAUUCCCUUGCCAACGGACCCGGUGCCCGUUUUGGAUGUGGAUUUUCAACGGUUCGAGAACAUCUCGCCAGUGGAGAGAAGGUCUCCGGGAAAUCAUGUUCAGGUUCAAGACGAGAGCGUUGCAGAGACAUUUUCUGGGGAUACCUUGACACCUCUGGCCAGCCCCACGACUAUCACUAGUCUGAGUGUGAGUCUGGGUGUGAGUCUAGGUGUGAGUCCCGGCGAAGCUGGCAAGUCCUCAGAAGAGGGAUCAGACGUGGAGAAACUGUCUACCGUGGCAUCCGCUGGGAGCCCGUGUGACACGACCUUGAUGUCGGACUUGGUCGAUGCAUCGUUUGGGGAAUUUCCGACCCAGGGGACUUGUCUUGUGCAACCCCCAACUCCACCGCGGGCCUUCAGCAGACCUCACAUUUGCCUUGUUGAUCAGGUGGUUCAAAUUCAAUGCCCAUCGAACUUUGAGUCUGCCUGGUACAAGGCCUUCGUGACUCUUGCUCUUCGCCUCCAACCUGGUCGACCGCGCGGUUGGUACGAGCUUGUCGUUCCGGGUCUGCCUCGUCUAGAUUCUAGUGACCAUGGUUACGUGUACCUCAAUAUACCGGACGGGCAGGGAAUGGAAUACCGUACUAUGCAAUUUAAGAGACAUGAUAUCGUCGAUAACUGUCUCAUCGCACAGUUCCCAGUGAUCCAGCCAGAUUUGGUCAUCCCUCUACGUCCCUGCGAUUUCCGCUUCUACGGGUUCCUGCGUGACUUCAAGGUCAAUCAGAUCAUCCUCGCGAGAGUGACAGGGGAUAAGCGCGGCUCGGCUACGGGCACUAUCGAGUACACCGCUGUCUGUUCGCUGGAGCUCAUUCAACGUGACUUUUUGGCCGAGAAGUGCGCGUUUUACAUUUACAUACACGGUGGGCCAGAGGGUGAAUUUGCCUGCCACCUUGAGAAACCAAAGACCGAUUUCCAGACUAUCCAGCUUGAUUCGAAUCCCGAGUCUGAGCCUGGGAUUACGCAGUUGCAGGUUAUCUGCUCCCCACUGAACUUGGCGAUGUUCACCGUUACGUGGGAGAUGCGAGUGCCCCGUGGGGAAGUUGGCAGCUGGAUGCCGCGCAUCACGGCUCUGCCGGAUGGGUACCAGAUCGAGGAGGAGUUGCAGGAUCGGUAUCUUGAUGCUGAAUAUGAUGAGCAGGAGAUUGUCCGUGGUGAACCCAAGUCGAAAAUUGUUGCGCCGAGAAGACUGCGCAACGGCGAGGGAUUCAUUUCUUUGGUAAUGAGAGUUUUAUGCUGGCUGGUGGCCCUCUUUUUGCUGUUCCAGCCUGUGGCCUACUCUGUCGGGCUUUAUGACGGUGUCUUGAGCGGCAAGUCGGGUCUUGAGAUUCGGGACAUUCUUUGUGAGAAGUUGAUCUUUUGUGGAGAGAACGGAUCGUUGGAACCGUUUGGUGGGAAUCAUACGGAGGUGAACCCCCUCGUUCCAGAUACUCCAGAUCUGGCAGAGGUUGUGGUUCCCAUGGAGACUACUGAAUCUGUUUCAAGUCCCGCGUUGGAAGAUCUCGAAGUGCAGACCCAGGAACCUGUUCAUAUCAUUCCUACUUCGUUGCGAGAUCGAGUGGACUAUUUCCUUGGAUGGAAAGGUCCUCUCCGCGUUGCUGGAGUAUGA